AGCUAAUCGCACACAAUACGAUUUCAACGCAGAAAUACUUGACGGAUUGGACAAAUUAGAAUUGAGAGCGUUCGAUAAUAAAGACAGCGAGUCGGUGAGUAUUAGAGGCGAUUUAAGAAGGAAACUGAAAACUCGCCAGAACCAUAUUAGAAUAGCCGAUUCCUCCCCAGCAGGCUGGAGAACGGUUAACGAGUAUCAGUCAAGAGAAAUUUCGGAUGACGAAAAGAAAAUCCGAAGUGCUGAAAACCGCACCCUCAAACAAAAGCAGGGACAGAACAAGCGCUUUCAUCCGUAUGGAAACUACAAAGCCCCACCAGCGGCAGCAGCAGGUUCGGCAGCCCAACUUGCUUCUUCUGGGCCUUACUCUACUGCAGAAUUUCAGUCAUUUCCAUACCAGCAACAGCCCUUUCGUGGCAAACCUACAAGGCGUCAACCAUAACCCAGUGAUGUUUGCUUCAGCUGUUUCGCUACUGAACACUGGAAAACCAACUGUCCAAAAAAGAAACCACAAAGUCAAUGAUAAGUAUACAGUUCUAGACAGACGAAUAGACGAUAUCUUUAGUUUACGAAGAACAAUCAGUCGAUUUCCCAACGUAACUGCAAGGGAACUGGCAAAAGUAGUGGGGGAAAUUAUUUCCAUGACGCCCGUGAUGGAUAAAUUCAAGGUGGGCAGAUUGAAGGAAAUCAGCCGAAAGUUACAAGAUUGUCCUCUAUCAGAACUUGUUUCUGAACUACCUAAAUACUGUCUGGCAUCUAAGGCGAAGAAUACAACAAUACAAUACAGAAUUCGGAGAGAAGUGCAUAAAGAGAGUGCAUAAACUUUGUAACUGUGUACUGAAUUACUCGAAAUAAUUAAACUGCACAUAAGAGCG